AUGUCAGAUGAAAAGGCUAUACCUACAAUCACUCUCCCUGAUCCUUCUACCUCCUUCAAACCUUCUAACACUUUGAAACCCUCAAAUCGUACUUCAACCCAACACCAUCCCAAAUCAACCCCAUUCAACUUGUUCACCUUUAAACCAUCUCGUCCUCGUCCUUCCUCCCGUCCCACUUUCCCAUCUCAUACCAAACCACGAAUCCACUUCCAACCUCCCUCUUUCUCAACCUUUUGGGAUAAUUUCAAAAAACAUAUCGUCCCACCUACUCAUCCAUCAACAACAUCUUCUUCAGAACUUGAUUCUUCACUUCACACUGAAUUGUUCGAUCCUAAUAUAUCAAAUGAACAAUUAGAUUAUCUUCAUCCUCAAGCUGGAACAGUUAGUAAACAUAAAAGAGGUAAAAAAGGUAUUUCAGGUCAAGGUGCAAAACUUUUAAGAGGACCAAGUAAUCAUUCACAUUCUAAAAAUCGUCAUUUUCGUAAAGAAAAAGAAAAAGCAAGAAGUAAAUCUUCCAAUGGAAAUAUGUCAAAUCUUGAAGAUGAUGAUGAAGAAGAUGAAGACGAUGCACAUGUUUCUGAAAUUGUCGUGGAAGGUGAUUUAGAUAGGUUUAUACCUAAAGCUGCAAGGAGUGAUUCAGGUAGUACGAACAAAAGUCCAGAUCCAAGUUCACAACCUGGUGAAAGAAAACGUGAUGUUGGUGGUAGUGAUGAUGAAGAAGUUGAAGAUGGUAGUGAGAGUGAAUAUAAAAGUGGAAGUAAAGGUAGAAGUAAAGGUUCUGGAUCAAAAGGUAAAUCUGGUCGAAUGUGGGAAUGGUUUUUAGAAAGAGUAGUGAGAAAUACUUUACAUUUCUUCGAUUCUAGAUAUCCAGAUGAGGAUAAAGAGUAUACUUAUCAGAAAGAGGCAUGGUUCGCUUCCAAAUCAUCAGCCCUAGUAUCAUCAUGUUUCUUCAUAGUAUCAUGGAUAUUAACAAUAUCACUAUCAAGACCAAUAGUACAAGAAAAAGUCAUAUCACAAUUCGUACUAGGUGGUUGUUUCACAUUACCAUUACCUCUAUUAGUAAUGUGGGAUUUCCCAAGACAUCAUCCUUUUAUUUGGCAACCAAUGUUAUUCGGUGCAGCUUGGAUCUUCGCGGAUACUUUAAUCGUCGAAAUGAAAUUGUGUGAUUUCUUCGCUCCUGUCAACACUUGUACUCAAAACUUUUUGAACACGAUGGGAUUCGCUUUCGCUCAACCUACUUUAGCAAUGUUAUCUUUGAGACAAAAUAGGUUAUGGCAUGCUUUUGGAGCUUGUCAAUGGUUAUGUUUGACCGGGGGGUUGUUAAUGACGAGACCUAAUCCUCCAAAACUUUUUUAUAGGAAUAUGGCUUUGUCCAGUGAAGUGGACCGAACUCGGAUAUUAAUUGCAGUCCUCCUAUUCCACGUCUUCCUCAUCGUCACUAGUUUCCUUAGAGAAAGAGCAGAUCGUCAGAUUUUCGCUCUUCGUCAACAACUGAAAUUUCAAUUCCGUGCAACCCAAAAAGCUCAAGUACUCGAACGUAAAGCGGCCGAUUCGAAGAAACGUUUCGUCUCUUACAUCUUUCAUGAAGUCCGAGUUCCUCUCAACACGGCUCUUUUGGCCGUUCAGAACCUCGAAGGUGAAGGGGUGUUCAAACGAGUGGACAACGAACAGGCCGAGAUGGUACAUGGUUUGAUGGGGAGUUUGAGUAUGAUGGAAAAGGUUUUGAAUGAUGUUCUCAGUUUCAACAGGAUGGAGAGUGGUAAAUUCUCCCAAGCUCGUAAACAAUUCGAAUUCAAUAAAUCCAUCCAACUCGUUGCCCUCUCUCACCGCGUCCAAGCUCAAGCACAAGGUAUAGACCUAAUCCUCGAUUUAGAUCCCUACAUCGACAAAGUCGGAGGUAUUUUUGUCGGUGAUGAAAUGCGUCUCCGACAAAUAGCCUCCAAUUUAGUUUCAAACUCUAUCAAAUUCACUCCAUCAGGUAGUGUUCGUAUAGUCACAAAACUUUUAUACCCUCGAUUGGAUCCAACACCAGGUGUAGAAGCGGAUGAUCCUCUAGUACUGGCCGCACAGAAUUUGCAAAGACAACAAGAGAUGGAAAGGGAUAGUCGAUUGGCUAGAUUAAGUUUAGGAAAGUAUAAAGUCAAUAGACGUACUUCUAGUGUGAAUGGUUGGGGUGAAGAUGAAGAAAAGGGUAGUGUACAAUUAGAAGAUAUGCGUAGUUCUAAAGAUGGAAGAAGAGAUGAAGAAGAUAAAAGAUUAGGAAAAGCUGUUAUAAGGGUUGAAGUACAUGAUACAGGUGUUGGUUUAAAGAGGUCUGAUAUGGCAGAUCAUCGUCUUUUCUCCCCGUACGUCCAAACGGAGAUAGGUAAAAGGCAAGGUGGGAAAGGAUCAGGAUUAGGAUUAGCCUUGGUAAAGCAGAUUGUCAAAGUAUCAAAAGGUCGUUUAGGUGUCGAAUCUCAAAUAGGAAAAGGAAGUAUGUUUUGGUUUGAAAUACCUUACGCUAUUCCUUCUUCCCGACCUGGAUCUACGACUCCUGGACAUUUAAUGCCGAAUCAUACGGGUGGAACAUCACAUUCACAUUCUUUUUCUCAUUCUGGACAAUAUACUCCGCAUGGAAGUCCAGUAAUUCGUCGAGCACAUACAUUACAAACUGUCCCUUUGGAUCAAGUGAUAGAAAGUGUAUUGUACGAACCUAGACAAAGAAAGAUUUCGGAGCAGAGUCAUGGGAGACCGACGAUAGGAAUGACUGAAUCCUCGAUCCCUUUAUUGGCUGAGGCUCGAAAGGGAAGAAGGGUAUGGGUGACUACAGACGAACCGACCGAUAUCCUAAACAUAAGCGACACUUCAAGUCAUAGUACCUCCCACACAGUCCCUCUCCCACUACCCGUCGAUUACUUUUCCAGACCACCACCACCACAAGAAAGACGUUCUUCCGAAGUGAGCGAGAAACCUAUAGUGGAAAGACCGACCACGGGUAGAAGUGUAUCACAUCGUGAAACAUCAGAUAAUCCUACACAAUCACAAGGUGGGGUAUUUGAUAGUCCUGUUUCUUCCACGCAGGAGAAUCAAAAUUCACCACUCCGAUCUGGAAUAGUAGAAAAUUCUUUAUCACAUGGUGGUCUCAUGAUUCAAAAUAAUCAAAUUCAUAAUGAUCAUCUUUCCCUCGGCGCACCAAUACCUCCUACCGAUACCAUAGGUACCGGUACAGUUGGGGUCGCAGAUGUGGGUGAGAAGGAACCUCCUUUGAGAGCGUUUGUGGUGGAUGAUGAUAAGUGA